GUAUUACAGGACUUCAAGGAGCUAAAGCUGAAAGAGAACAAAGAUUACAAUGGCGGCGAAGUCAAGGGAGACGAAUAUCUUGAUCACAAUCAGUCCGAAUUCCUCUGCCCUGUCACAGCUGUACCUAUGAAUGGCGUCAACGGUUUCGUAGUGAAUUGGAAAUGUGGUUGUGUCUUUUCGGAAAAAGCUUUGCAAGAGGUCAAGUCUGACGCGUGUCAUGGAUGCGGUGGUCCAUGGGACCCAAAAGAAUCGGUCGUGUUGAACCCUGAUGACGAACUCCUCGAAACUUACAAGCAAAAGCUAGCCGCUGAGCGGGCGGAGAAGAAGCAAAAGAAGAAAAAUGGUGAAGCUGAGAAGUCGCCUGAAGGCAACGAGAACAAAGUGGUCGUCAAUGGCUUACCAAAGAAGGAUGGCAGCGAUCACAAGAAAAAGGAUGAGGCGGAUAAAUGCAAAUUGAAGAAAACAGAGAAGAGAAAAGCGGAAAGCGAUAUUCAGUCGGAUCCUACAAAAUCAGACGCUUACAAGAAGUUAUUCACAACCUGUGAGGACGCAAAGAAUAAGCCUGCACAGCACUGGGUCACUUAUAAUCCUUUGUAUUAUUGA